AUGCCCGCUGGAAGUUCCACCGAAGAGCGGCGCAAGCAGUCAGUGCGAAAACGCUUGGCACUUGACUUCCAGCCGCUACGAGAUACUCUCUCCAAAGGGCUUGAGCUUCUUGUCGAUCCAGAGACAGCAGUAUUCUGCACCGCAAUCGUUGAAGGAUUUUGCAAUGCGCUCUUCUCAAUAGCAAUUAAGCAACUAACGGAGGCUGCAGUGACCCGGACAGGACAUCCAGACACCAAGAUCACGGUGUUUCAUUUGCAGGUAGCUCUCCGUAGCCACCCGGAGCUGGCUGGCAUAUUGCAACGAGCUGAGAGCGCUCGACUGGCGCUUGAAUUUUUCUUAGACGAUGCCACAUCUCGCUCUCUUUACGAGCGCAAACUCAUUGCAAGUCGUGAAGCCAAGCACCUCUUUGGAGAUACAUCUUCCAAACUUGAGCACGAAGGAGUAGGAGCCAGUGGACGACGUGGACGUAAUCUCCAGCUAAGAACUCAAGAAGAGGAGCUGAUCCGGCGCCACGAACGCACUCGCUCCGAGUGGCAGAAGCGCGAGGACGAUCCGUUCUCCGAAGUGGACUUCGCUAUGGUACUCAAGUGCGUCCAUCCAGCCUUCACACUAUCUUACAACGCCACUAUGCUGCUCAGUGCACUCGUGCGCGAGCUUCUGAAUGAGGUGUGUGCCUGUGCAGACGUUGAUGCGUUGCAGCGCCGCCGACACCCUCCUGAGCUCCUCCUCGAAGACCUACAGGGACCGCUUGUUGAAGUUUUCUGUGGAGUAUCGCCUGGUACGCUGGGCACAUUUGAGAUUGAUUCGCUGCCGAAUAUGGGCACACUCGGCACGCAGAUCGCCAGAACAGCAAGCGAGUGUUUGGCGAGAUAUCGGCUGCAGUCUCGACGAGGCAAGAGGCUUACAUUGCUCUUUCGGGUUUAUCAACCGGGAGGCAGCUCGGCUCUGCAGCCUCUGCACGUGCUUCCAGAGGUAGCAAGAGAUGCUCCGUUUGAGACGCUGCUAGCCCAGAUGCGUAGUAAGUGCCAUCUCCCGGUGAGCGUGGGGCAUCGUGGUGGCUCUUUUAGCAGUACGAGAGGCCUAGAUGAAUUUAUCGCUAUUUAUCGAGCCCACCGAGUGGAGCUGACGGACACCCCUGCCACGCUUGGUAUGCCCACAGGGGCAAUCGUGCAUCUCGUGGCACGCAGGUGGUGGGAUCUCACUCGGCGCACGGAAGCUCGACGAGGACUGUUGUCUUCUCAGCGACCUCAGGACGCACUCGUGAGGUCGUUAGUGGUAGGCACUGAAUCGAAGGUAAAGAAAGAGCUUCGCGCCGCAGGUGUUGCCGUUCAUACUGCUCACACCGGAGAAGAAGAAUCACCUCAGCUGAAGCGUAGCCUAGCUGGUAGUAGAAGCAACAAGUCGUUGCUGUCGUCGUCCAGUGGCUCCAUUAGUUUGUCUAGGAGCCCGUCGCGAUUGUCGGUGGCCCAGGAGGAGGAUAGUCUCUCGGUGCUACUUCGCGAACGUGCCACUGCAAGACGGGAGAAGGAGCGACGCGCUGCCAAUAGCAACUUCGACAGGGACUUGGGCGCUAAAAACGAAAGCGGCACGGCAACACUACAGCACGAGUUGCCUAUGGGAACGCUAGAUGAGGCGUGGGUCGAGUUUGAGGCACUGAGCGCCAGUAUGCGGGUGGCCACCGAGCGCCUAGCACAAUUGACACAGACCAAGGUGACGGAGGAGCCACCGAAAUUCUCGGCGCAACAGCUACAAUCGCUCGAGAACAAGUGGCGCGCACGUGUGCACUUCACGGAGGAGCUGUCGAUGCAGACGAAGGCGACACAUAGACUCGCGAAGCGGAUGCUGGCCCAAAUUCGGCUGGUGUGUGAGUGA